GCUGCAGAUCUCCAGCUUUUAUCACGCUUCAAGGCUUCUAUAGAUGGAAACCCUGAUCCUGAGAGUCGAUUCAUGAAACACUGGGUCCCGCUGUCCAUUAAAGACCCUCUCCUUCUUCAGAUAGUGCUGUAUACCGCGGUAUGCUUCCUCAAGGAAACCGGCCGAGUGCCCAAGAUGCUCGCUUGGGCUUACAAGGGCGUGGUCCACCGUAUGCUCAACGAGCACUUGAGCUCGGCUAGGACGCAGACGGGCGAUGCGGCAAUCAUGGGAACCGCCCAGAUGGUCAUGGACUCGUGGUACUGGGGAACCACGGAAGAACUGCGCGCCCACAUGGCGGGCCUCAAGACCAUGCUGCGGAUGAGGGGCGGUCUGCAGGAUCUAGGAAUGGGCGGUUUCCUAGCCAAGACGGUGCUCAUUCACGACAUUGCCAUUGCUAUUGCUCACGACAUUGAGCCCGACAUCUACGGCCAAGCCGGGUUUGAAUUUCAAGAUGACUUCAUGGUUCCGUAUCAAACCGCUUUCAAUUCCCCCUUUUUGUCAGGAUGGCCAAUGUUUAUCGACCCGGCAUCGGCCCUGAAACUUCAUCGAAGCUCGGCCCAAAUCCUGGACGACGUAAGAUCUGUCAUACAGAUGGUACAAUCCCUGCCCCCCUCGCCAACCGCGCAAGAGCUGCUCCAUGUCAAGGAAGCUGCAUUGUGGGCGCUUAACAAGCUAGAUCAGAUGCCGGAGAACAUUCCCCUCCAUGACCAGGACGACGGCACGGGGCGUGGAGCCGAAGAAGGGGACGAUGUCCAGUGGGAGACGACGGGCUACGAGGGGGCGGGUACAUCCCCGGCAAGUAGUUCUGAUUACGAGUCGUCUUCGCCCAGAAGCAACGACAGUGCGUCUAUGAGCGGCUCGCCACCGGCGCCGGUAGACGAAACUGCCAGUGCCCGAUUGGCCCGGACCAAGAAUGAUGCCAUGUACCGCUGUAUCCGCGUAACGGCCUCGAUUUACUACCGAGCCAUCAUUGCCCGCGUGCCCACCAGCCAGAUCCUAAACGAGACUGAUUUCCUCAAGUUGUGGGAGCUGGUCUGGGAGGUUUCGGUGCCGUACUGGAAGACUGCCGUGGGCGUCUUCAUCUGGGUCAUGGCAGCGGCGGUGCCAAGCUGCCACACGUCCCCGCCCGCGCGGAUGAUCAAGACGCUGUCCGUGGUUGGCUGGAUGACCAUGGGCCUGGAGAACUGGCACGUCGCCAUCAGCGCGGCCAAUACGGCGUUGAGUCUGCAGCGGUGGCUCAGGGGGGAC